AAGUGAAGAUGGAGCAUCAAAUGAAAAUAUUUUAGUUUCAUCUCCAAAUGAAGUUAAAACUACAGUUGAAGCUGAACUAUAAAAAAAAAAGGUCAUGGAACCGAGAGCAAAAUAUUGGUAGUGGUUUGACAAGAUUGUUGAUGGAAAAAUCAAAGCUAAGAAAGCACAAUGUAAGUAUUAUGGAAAAAUUUAUGAUGUUGCUUCAAGUGCUAAUGGUACUUUAUCGAUGAAUAAUCACAUGCUAAAAUUAUGUCCUUACCGCCCUAAUAUUUAUGUGAAAGAGAAAGACAGUCAAACAAAAUUAGAUUUUCUACCAUCUUUUAUGGAUAAAAGGGGAGGGGCAUUGGGUACUUGGACAUUUGAUCAAGGAAGAAAUAGGAAAGCUUUAGCUCAAAUGAUAGUUAUUGAUGAGUUGCCAUUCAGUUUUGUUGAAAAAGAAGGGUUUAGAAAUUUUAUGAGAGUCACAACCCCACAGUUUUAUAUUUCUUCUCGUAGACCCUUGAAAAGAGAUUGUUAUCAGUUGUACAAUGAAGAUAAACAAGUUUUGAAAAAGGUUUUCAAAGAAGUACGUCCAAAAGUUUGUCUUACGAAAGAUACUUGGACGUCUAUACAAAAGAUUAACUACAUGUGUCUAAUAGCUCACUUUAUUGAUACAAAUUGGAAAUUGCAUAACAGAGUGAUAAAUUUUUGUCCAAUUACUAGUCAUAAAGGUGUGAUAUGGCUUCUUCCAUUACUAAUUGUUUGCUUGAAUGGGGUUUGGAUACUAUUUUUAGUAUUACAGUUGAUAAUGCCAGUUCCAACGAUGUUACAAUGAUAGAAAUGUCUAAACAAUUAAGUAAUUGGGGAACUAACAUAAUGGAUGGUCAACAUCUUCAUGUGAGGUGUAUGGAACAUAUUCUUAAUCUUAUUGUGCAAGAUGGGCUGAAGGAAAUUGAUAAGUCUGUCAAGCGAGUGAGACAAGUUGUGAAGUAUAUUAAACAAUCUAUCGCGAGAAUUAAAAAGUUCAAAGAAUGUUGUGAAUCUCAAUUGAUAGCUUGUAAGAAAUGCUUAUGUUUAGAUGUUCCUACUCGAUGGAACUCUACAUACUUGAUGCUUGAAACAACACAACAUUUUGUGCUUGCAUUUGAAAGAUAUAGUUUCUAUGAUAAUGGUUUCUUGGAUUAUCUCCGUACCUCUCCUUGUGAAGAUGGAACUAAGGCAGGCGCCUUUGUAAAUGAGGACUGGGAAAAUGUGAGGACAAUGGUAAAAUUUUUGGAAACUUUUUAUGAUCUUACUUUGAAAGUUUUUGGUUCAAAAUAUGUUACUACCAAUGCACACUUUGUGGAAAUUGCUGAGCUUGAUCUGAUUUUGAAAGAGAUGAUAGAAAAUAAAGAUUCUAAUUUGAAAAAAAUGGCAGCAAGUAUGAGGGAAAAGUUUAGAAAGUAUUGGGGUACUCCAGAUAAAAUGAACAAAAUGAUUUUUAUUUCAUCUGUGUUGGAUCCCCGCAACAAACUUGAAUAUGUUUCUUUUGCAAUUGUGGACAUGUUUGGAAAAGAAAUUGGGGAGAAGUUGUCCGAUUUAGUGGAGUCAUAUAUGAAAGCCUUGUUUGAGCAUUAUGUUAAGAAGUCAAAAAACUCUUUAUCUUCAUCCACUUCUUCUUUUUUUGGGAAUUUUUCAUCCAUAAAUGGUUAUGAAAACUUUCAAAGAAGAGAAAUAAUGAGAACAAAACUACAAUUUGAGAAGCAUAAGGAAAUUAGUGGAGGUUCAAGCAAUAAAUCUGAGUUAGGAAAAUAUCUUGCUGAAGAGAUUGAGCCAGAUUCGGAACAAUUUGAUAUAUUAGGUUGGAGAAAAGUUACUGAGCUGAGAUUUCCCAUUCUUGCUUAGAUGGCUCGUGAUGUGUUAGCCAUUCCCAUUUCCAGUGUCGCAUAUGAAUGUGCAUUUAGCAAGGGAGGUUGGGCUAUUGAUCCCUUUAGGAGUUCAUUAACUCCUAAACUAGUGCAAUCUAUUAUUUGUCUUCAAGAUUGGCUCAGAAGUGAAUCUACUCCAGUUAAUAUCGAGGAAGAUUUGGAGUAUCUUGAGCAACUUGAAGUUGAAAUGGCUUGUAGUGGAACUAAAUCUAGCAUUAUUGAUGUGUAGUUCUCAAAAUACAAAUGUGAAUUGUAGGAUUGUUGUCAAUAUUAGUAUAUCACUAAGCCAAAGAUGGAGAUGGAUGGGUAGAGUACAAAGGAUCACUAGUUUUUAAUCGACCUCAAAAGUUUUUUGGCUCUAAAUUAUGCUGCUGCCUGGUGAUUGGUGAAUGGUGAUGUUGUCUGCAUAUUUCUUCAAGUAGACCAGCUGUUUUGUGGAUUGGUGGAUGGUGAUGGUGAUUGACUGACUAUUUUAUUAUUUUAUAGACUAUUUUGUUGUUUUAUGAACUGGUUUAUAUAUUGUUUGAGUGACUCAAAUAUUUUAUGGACUA